AUGGCAGUUACACGUCCAAUGCGCAAUCAUAUGCCCAGCUCUAUAUCUGACUAUACCGUGAAUAAUACUGCAUCACCCAUCAGUCAUGUCUCCUAUACAACUCAGCCAGCACCAGCAUCUAUCUUGAAAAAGCCUAAAAUGGUUGAUAUGACUUCCAGCCGAGCUUCUGAUACUUCCUACUCUACUCAGAACGAAAUGAAUCUCCUCCGUUCAAAGGUCAUUUAUUCUGUUUGUCUGAGUAGUUGCAUUUGUGUGGCAGCUUUUCUGCUGGCAAUUAUCUCAUUUCUAACAUAUUAUAGCAUCGAUUGGACGAAUCGAAUCAAAAUAAAUAAGAUUUUCAUCAAGGAUGUAAUGAAAGAUUGUCUCGAUGCGGCUGAGCUCUCUGUCAUAGCUCUGUCUUUAGCAACUUUCGCCUUCUCAGCAUUCCAAUCGUUCUUCAUGCUCAAAAUGCUCAAAUCACAUCCUGAAGAGCCUGAGAUAGCUUUGAGCUACAUCGAGAAGACGAGCUUUCUACGAAUGGUUGUCAACUCAUUCUGGUUUUUGGCCUUGGUAGUCUUUCUUAUAAUUAUUUUGAUAGGAUGUGCUACUGACAAUUCACGCAGCAUGUCUGCUCGAGGAGUUGGAGUAUCUAUUGGCGUCUGUGCUCUUCUUCUAGCCACAUUCACAGCGAUUAAAACUAUUUGUAUCUGGACAAACACGACAUACUCCAGUCACAGCAGACAAACUUACAAACAAUUUGCAACUCUUGUUUGA